AUGUCAGCUGCGGUCGAUGAAGCGGGCAUUACCCGAGACUGGCAGCAAGCUUUCAUGCUGGACACGUCGCAGCGCACGACAGGAGGACCCGGGUUCAGUUCUGAUGCAGAUGAGGCCAAGCGCCACUGGAAAAGUUUGGCGGAAGCCCGAAAGCAGAUACAGCGAUGCAGUUAUCAAGACAGGACUUACGAGUCGGAUGCUGCAGCAUACCGCACUGCGGUAUAUAUGACGGGCGAAAGAAUCAAAGUGCCGUCUGAGGGAAUGGAGGGGAUUACCGUCGCCACGAACCCCGGCGCAGGGACAGGGUUCAUGGAAAAGCUUUUGAAUGAGGCACGUGGACUCAAAGUGCCUUACAAAAAGGCUGAUCUGAUCGAUGAUAUGGCAUACGAAAUAUUCCAUAUGAUGGAACGUGUAGCACAGGGCCAACCCAUGCAGUCCGACGUGGAGCUGCUUCCAGUCUUGGGCAUAAAGAUGCUCGCUCCAAAGCUCGACCACUAUACGAUAUGA